GGGUCAUCAGUGGUGUUUGGAUGCACUUAUGACUACCCCUCAGACCAGACUAUAACAAAUACCUUCUUGUACUUCUGGAGUCAAGGGAAGGACAACGAUCUCUUGAUGUCCAAGGAAUACACAGAGCGUUCAAUAUACCUUGGAAACAAAGAGCACAACUGCACUUUGAGAAUUAAUAACCUAAUUAGUAGUGUUGCAACAACACAAUACCACUUCAGAUUUGAGACCGUUAAUGAAAAAAAAGAAACAAAUGGAUGGAGCAGUAACACAGGGGUUUCACUAACUUUGACAGGUGAGUUUGAUACCAGAAGUAAAGCCCACUUUCAUAACACUAUAACAUUUUCAAUGAUAUCUCUGUUUCUUUCUCCUCUCUACAACGGCUGACAGCCAAAGUAAAAUCUUCCACUGUGAGAGAGGGAGAGAAGGUGACACAAAAAUGUGACCAUCCCGCUAUUGUCUGGUUCAGGGAUGAACACUCAGCACCCAACACAGAGUUCCUGGCCAGCAUUGAGGAUUCUGGCAGCUACCAAUGUGCUAUUCAAGGUCAAGAUCAUCUAUCUUCUGCUCCAGUGUCUCUUUAUGUCCAAUGUGAGUAAAUACAUGAUCUACUUAAUGGAGCAGCUAUCUGCGUUCAAAGCUCUGCACCAAAGAUGUGCUGCUUCUGAAGUUCAAAGGGGACAUCAUUGCAUUACUGAUUCUAAUGAAUAGGGGUGAUUUUGGAAGAAGGAUGUUGAUGAAAUAGUGCUCUGGCAUAACAGUCUUUGUCAGUUUCGGCUGAAUUUGAAUGUGCUUGAUAAGAAAUUUGAAUUUGCCUUGAAAAGCUGCAGUCUCUAUUUGCUAAGCCUGGCUGUGUGUUUACAUUGUGGUUACUUUUAGGGGAAGUUAAGCAGUUUGAGGAUGAUGUUCAUAAUGACAGGGUAUGGUGAGAGGAAAUAACAGUGAACUAUAGGCUACUAACUGAAUGCAGAACUGUUCUGAGAACACCAAUGGAAAAAGUCUAAACCAUUACAUUUACCGGACCACUAAUAGGGAUGAAAGUUCAGUGUUAUGAUUUUGUGAAAUAUACAGGCAACAUUAUGUGUGGUAAGAGGUAUGUAGUAGGGUUUUUCUAUAAGAGAUAUGUUCAACAUUAUAUAAACACCUGUAACCUUACUCCCUCUCCUACAGAUGCUCCAAAGAAUGUCAUAUUGUCUGUCAGUCCAUCUGUAGAUGUUGUUAAGGGUAUCUCAGUCACUCUCACCUGCAGCUGCAGUGCAAACCCCCCUGUGUUGAGCUAUAUCAUGUAUAGGGAGAGUGGGCAGGGCUCUACUGUUGUGGCAUGGUGGCUGUCUCACAUCCAGGGAACAGUGGAAGGUACUACUGUGAUGCCAGAAACAGUAUCAACACAGUCAGAUCUAAUCAAACUACCCUCAAUGUUCAGUGUGAGUAUUGGCAGUUUAAUUCGGUGCUAACUAACUGUAGGCCAACAUGAGUCACUUUGUGAUGCCAGUACCUUUUGGCUGUGUGAAAGAAAAAAGUAUAUUUGAUGUACUCGCAGCUAUUUGUUUUGUCUUGCAGACCCUCCUGAGAACAUCGCAGUAACAGUCAGUCCCUCUGGUCCAGUGGUAGAGGGCAGCUCUGUGAAUCUAACCUGCAGCAGCCAUGCUAACCCAGCAGUGAGCUACACCUGGUACAGAGUCAAUGGUAGCACCCCUGUCCAGUCAGGGACUCAGUUGUUAUUUGAGGCUGUCUCUCCUGCUAACUCAGGGAGGUAUUACUGUGAGGCAUGGAACAAACAUGGAGCCCUCAACUCAUCAGUCCUGGUUCUUGAUGGUCUGUGUAAGUUAAGUCUGCUUGCUAUGUUGGGAUGUCAGUUUUUUGUGCUAAAUUGUGUGUGCUUUCUUUAUAGGGAAGCAGGUUGUUAAAACGUUAUGUUGUUUAGCAAGACAGUUUAAUCACACUGCAACAGUUUUCCACAACGGUGUAAACAUAACGGGUCAGCAGUUGGAGUCAAUCUCAAUUCCCUGUAAGCCAGGGCCCGAUUUCCCAAAAUCAUCUUAAGGCUAUGUUAAUCAUUAGAACCUUUGUAGGAGCAUCGUUAAAUCUCGUAAAACCGUCAUUUCUAAGUUUCACUUGAAAAUGCUUGUUAAUUACCGCCUGCCUCAGACCACUCAUAGAACAGCUAAGUGCAUCGUUAGAUGCGUUUUUUCCCUACCGCGUCACAUUAUACACAGACCUCCGCUAAACAUAGAAUCAAAGAUGUUUAUUUGUCUCUCUGUGACCACCAAUAACUUCACAAUGAAGUUGACAAAAAAUGUAAAGUUGCCAAUGUCUUUGCAAUUGUUACAAACAAGCGAAGGAUAAAAAUAUGUUUCAAAUGAAAACAGAGAUAACUGCAUUAAAAUAUAGCCUACAGUAUAGGCAGGGUUGGAGAGUAACAGAUUACAUGUUACAUAUAACGGAUUAUGAAAAAACUGUAACUGUAAUCUGUUACUUUACCAGCAAAAAUAUUGUAAUCAGAUUACAGAUACUUUUGAAAAAGUGGAUGAUUACUUCUAGGAUUACUUUUACAUUCAGAAACAAUGUUUGCGAUUUAUUUUUUGUCAAUGACAUUCAAAUCAGCAUUGAAAAAAGGUCUAAGUUUAAAUUUGUUCUGCCUGAGUGAGUCUGACCACAAGUCAGAGACCACUAUGAUGACACACAAAAUGCUUUUGCUGGAUCACGGGAAAAGAGCAGGAAUAGGCUUUUGUAGGCUACAGUCCAAGCAAGAUAUGUCUUCCAAUGAUGCGACUGCUGUCGGCAUCCAAAGAUUAUCCAACUUGAAUAUUUAAAGAAUACCCACAUUUGGGUAUUUUAAAUGUGGUCAUCCUACUGUCAAUGCAAUAGAAUCAUACUCCGAUGCGUUCCACCUACAACAAAAUCUCUUGCAUAGUUUGUUUUGAAUACUAAGUCUUGCAUAGUUCAUUUUGUUUCAAUAUGUUGCAUUGAAAGUGGCUAAUAUUGUGUUGAUUCUAUCACAACUCCCACAGUAAAGGGAAAGGUUGAUAGUGUUAACUAAUGUGGAAAGCUCUAGAAAGUUGAGUCUCGUGCUUCCCUGCGCUGGCUGAUAUUUCGUCUGCAUGGCAGUCCCUGGGGAGCUGCGUGUCACAGUUUAGAGGGAACAUUGGUAACUAGUAACUGUAACGGAUUAUAUUUAGAAAGUAACCUACCGAAUGCUGAGUAUAGGCGACAUAUACAGUGCAUUCGGAAAGUAUUCAGACCCCUUGACUUUUUCCACAUUUUCUUACUUUAAAGCCUUAUUCUAAAAUGUAUUAAAUUGUUAUUUUUCCUCAUCAAUCUACACUCAAUACCCCAUAAUGAAAAAGCAAAAACAGUUUUGUAGAAAUGUUUGCUAAUCAUAAAAAUAAGUAUUCAGACCCUUUACUCAGUACUUUGUUGAAGCGCCUUUGGCAGCGAUUACAGCCUCGAGUCUUCUUGGGUAUGACGCUACAAGCUUGGCACACCUGUAUUUGGGGAGUUUCUCCCAUUCCUCUUUGCAGAUCCUCUCAAGCUCUGUCAGGUUGGAUGGGGAGCAUUGCUGCACAGCUAUUUUCAGGUCUCUCCAGAGAUAUUCGAUCGGGUUCAAGUCCGGGCUCUGGCUGGGCCACUCAAGGACAUUCAGAGACUUGUCCCGAAGCCACUCCUGCAUUGUCUUGGCUGUGUGCUUAGGGUCGUUGUCCUGUUGGAAGGUGAACCUUCACCCCAGCCUGAGGUCCUGAGUGCUCUGGAGCAGGUUUUCAUCAAGGAUCUCUCUGUACUUUUCUCUGUUCAUCUUUCCCUCUAUCCUGACUAGUCUCCCAGUCCCUGCCACUGAAAAACAUCCCCACAGCAUGAUGUUGCCACCACCAUGCUUCACCAUAGGGAUGGUACCAGGUUUCCUCCAGACGUGACACUUGGUAUUCAGGCCAAAGAGUUCAAUCGUGAUUUCAUCAGACCAGAGAAUCUUUUUUUUUUUUUUGUAUAAUUUUUUUAUUUAUUUUAUUUUUAUUUUAUUUAUUUUUUGGGGGGAUGGAUCAGCUUAAUAUUGCAGAUAGAUUGUAUCUUCUAUCAAUGUAAUUGUCUGCAUCACUUCCAAUCCCCCAUGUUUUUUUUAUUUUUUAUAUAUAUAUAUUCCCCUUUAUUACUUUUCAACCCCACCAUCCUUUCCCUACUUGGAGUAAAUUAGUGAACAACAACGCCCAGGCCUCUACUUCCGGUCUAUACUUACUAUCUACACCUUAUGGACAGAGUUAAUUUUACAAUAAUUAUAUAUCUAUAUAUAUAUAUAUAUAUAUAUAUAUAUAUAUAUAUAUAUAUAUAUAUUUUUUUUUUUUUUUUUUUUUUUGCUCCUGAACUUCUUCUACUCUCAACCUCUCCGAUCAUUUUCAUGAUGUCCAUCCGGUUUGCUUCUAAAUGCCAUAUCUUUCUAACUGUGCUCUUUCCCAAAAGCUCCCAACAUACAACCUAUAUACUUAUUAUGGACACAGUAUGCUUACAUUAUUAGCUAUCUUUGUUAUUAUUUGUUGUUAUUUGUUAUUAGUCCCAUCCUUCAACUCUAUUCAAUACCUCCCAUCUAUCUCUUAACACCAUCCAUAUAGGAUUUCUAUUUGCCAUAUAUAUUUCAACCAUACUGUGAUGUUUUACAAAAGUUCUGAACCUUUCUAUUCUCAUUGCUUCUACAGAUUGUGAAUUAAAAAUAAACAUUUUUGCUAAAAGUAUUAUUAUAUUAUUGAUUGAUUGACUAUGACUUUUCAGAUCACCCAGUAAUGCUAUCUGCAAGGUUAGUUCCAGGUAAAUAUUGCAAUCCUUUAGCCAUUCCUGGACCUGUGUCCAAAAACAAGCUACAAAUGGACAGAACCAAAACAAAUCAGACCAGAGAAUCUUGUUUCUCAUGGUUAGAGAGUCUUUAGGUGCCUUUUGGCAAACUCCAAGUGGGCUGUAAUGCACCUUUUACUGAGGAGAGGCUUCCGUCUGGCCGCUAUACCAUAAAGGUCUGAUUGGUGGAGUGCUGCAUAGAUGGUUGUCCUUCUGAAAGGUUCUCCCAUCUCCACAGAGGAACUCUAGAGCUCUGUCAGAGUGGCCAUCGGGUUCUUGGUCACCUCCCUGACCAAGGCCCUUUUCCCCCGAUUGCUCAGUUUGGCCGGGCGGCCAGCUCUAGGAAGAGUCUUGGUGGUUCCAAACUUCUUGCAUUUAAGAAUGAUGGAAGCCACUGUGUUCUUGGGGACCUUCAAUGCUGCAGACAUUUUUUGGUACCCUUCCCCAGAUCUGUGCCUCGACACAAUCCUGUUUUGAAGCUCUACGGACAAUUCCUUCAACCUCAUGGCUUGGUUUUUGCUCUGACAUGCACUGUCAACUGUUGGAUUUUAUAUAGACAGGUGUGUGCCUUUCCAAAUCAUGUCCAAUCAAUUGAAUUUACCACAGAUGGACUCCAAUCAAGUUCUAGAAACAUCUCAAGGAUGAUCAAUGGAAACAGGAUGCAGCUGAGAUCAAUUUCGAGUGUCAUAGCAAAGGGUCUGAAUACUUACAUUACCAGUCAAAAGUUUGGACACACCUACUCAUUCAAGGGUUUAUCUUUAUUUUUACAAUUUUUUACAUUGUAGAAUAAUAGUGAAGAUAUCAAAACUAUGAAAUAACACAUAUGGAAUCAUGUAUUAACCAAAAAACAUAUAUUUUAUAUUUCAGAUUCUUCAAAUAGCCACCCUUUGCCUUGAUGACAGCUUUGCACACUCUUGGCAUUCUCUCAACCAGCGUCACCUGGAAUGCUUUUCCAACAGUCUUGAAGGAGUUCCCACAUAUGCAGAGCACUUGUUGACUGUUUUUCCUUCACUCUGUGGUCCGACUUAUCCCAAAACAUCUCAAUUGGGUUGAGGUCGGGGGAUUGUGGAGGCCAUGUCAUCUGAUGCAGCACUCCAUCACUCUCGUUCUUGGUUAAAUAGCCCUUACACAGCCUGGAGUUGUGUUAGGUCAUUGUCCUGUUGAAAAACAAAUGAUUAUCCCACUAAGCCUAAACCAGAUGGGAUGGCGUAUCGCUGCAGAAUGCUGUGGUAGCCAUGCUGGUUAAGUGUGCCACCAGCAAAGCACCCCCACACCAUAACACCUCCUCCUCCAUGCUUUACGGUGGGAAAUAAACAUGUGGAGAUCAUCCGUUCACCCACACUGCGUCUCACAAAGACACUGAGGUUGGAACCAAAAAUCUCAAAUUUGGACUCCAGACCAAAGGACACAUUUCCAGCAGUCUAAAGUAUAUUGCUCGUGUUUCUUGGCCCAAGUAGGUCUCUUCUUAUUAUUGGUGUCCUUUAGUAGUGGUUUCUUUGUAACAAUAGAGUGUGAAGGGUUCUGAACAUUCUCAGACGUGUUAUGGAAAAGGGCUCUCUUGUGACAAAGUCAAUUGGAGCCAACUCUUUAUUAUACACAUCGAAACAUACAGUCUCCUCCGUACCCUCAACAGAAGGGUGGGGGGGAAUAGUGGGCUCAGUCGAACCAUGCACUGUGCCAGCUCCCAUUCUCUCCCCCUUGUCCCGUCAUUGGCGCCGUCUCUUCUGGCUGCCAGGUCGGCGUUCUGACCACCUCUCUGGCCGGCGGAACCGUCGAGGCCUCGGGUGCUGCUGGGGGGCGGGGCCCUCUCGCCUGCUGCUUGAGACCGACGCCUGACGCCGGGCACGACGCCUCGCUGUAGAUCCUGACCUACUGGAGGCAGUGGAGGUGGACAGCUUCUGCGGCACGUGGCUAGACUUCCCUGCCAGUGGCAGGUGUCUGGCCAGCUGCUUCCUCUCCUCGUCCAACUUCAUAAACCGCUCCGUCGCCUCUUUGAUGGUGACUCCGAAGAGACCUUCGUCAGAGAUGGGGGCGUUAAGAAGUGACGCUCUGUCUGCCUCUUUCAUGGCCGUCAUGGACAGCCAGAGGUGUCGCUCCGUGACCACCGAAGUGGCCAUGGACCUCCCCACACAGACGGCCGACGCUUGAGUCAGGUGGAGAAUAGCGCCAGAAAUCCUGGACGCCUCUUCCACCUCCUCUCUCGUGAGCUCAGUCCUACCCGUGGUUAGACGGAACAGAGAGGCCGCGAGGAGGGCAAUGUUGUUGGACCUCUCACUCUCCAAAGGAAAGGGGGUCUUGAAGGUUUGGGUCAGAGGGACGGGCUGUUCCAUAGGAAUGUCCAUCUCAUCCCCGUCAUCCCUGUCUUCUCCAGAGUCGGUGCCUUCGGAUGACGCCUCAGAAGCUGAGGCUAACACCGAUAGCACGUCACGUCCUCUAAAGGGAUAUCCUCCCUAUAAAAGGCCCAGCGCUGCUUCCUCUCCUUCAAUGGAAGGAGGGCGCAGCUGGCGCAAAUAGGGGGAUCGCUGAUGCCGUCCUUGGGUCCGCAGCCGCCAUGGAGGAGCUCUGAAAAAAGCUUUUGGGGGUGGAAAACUUCCCAGUGUGCUCAUUCUAGGACGACGUCGAGAGCUGGAAAUCGACGCCGUUAUCUUCGUCCUGAGUCUUCAUCUCUUCCUAGGCUCUUCAGUCUAGUCCAGUCGCUGAAGAUAAUGGGAGGCUGAUUGAGGGGAAGCGUCACCUCUUAUAGGGACACCUGUACUCCUAUUGGCUGCAGGUGUGUGCAUAAUUUUGUCUCAGGCUGUUCACUGCCUAGGCAGCGGAGUAAACCAAUAGGUGCAUAGCUCCCCUAUGGGGCGGAGCUCCACGAUAUAGAACUCUAAUGAACUUAUCCUCUGCAGCAGAGGUAACUCUGGGUCUUCCAUUCCUGUGGCGGUCCUCAUGAGAGCCAGUUUCAUCAUAGUGUUUGAUGGUUAUUGCAACUGCACAAAGUUCUUGAAAUGUUCCGGAUUGACUGACCUUCAUGUCUUAAAGUAAUGAUGGACUUUCGUUUUUCUUUGCUUAUUUGAGCUGUUCUUGCCAUAACAUGGACUUGGUAUUUUACCAAAUAGGGCUAUCUUCUGUAUACCCCCUACCUUGUCACAGCACAACUGAUUGGCUCAAAAGUAUUAAGAAGGAAAGAAAUUCCACAAAUUAACUUUUAAGAAGGCACACCAGUUAAUUGAAAUGCAUUCCAGGUGACUACCUCAUGAAGCUGGUUGAGAGAAUGCCAAGAGUGUGCAAAGCUGUCAUCAAGGCAAAGGGUGGCUAUUUGAAGAAUCUGAAAUAUAAAAUAUAUGUUGAUUUGUUUAACAGUUUUUUACUACAUGAUUCCAUUUGUGUUAUUUCAUAGUAUUGAUGUCUUCACUAUUAUUCUACAAUGUAAAAAAUAGUUUAAAAAAAUAAGAAAACCCUGGAAUGAGUAGGUGUGUCCAAACUUUUGACUGGUACUGUAUGUAAAUAAGAUAUUUCUGUUUAAAAUAUUUUUAAAAAAAAGUCAAGGGGUCUGAAUACUUUCCGAAGGCACUGUAGGCCUAUAUAAUUCAAGAAUAUAGAAAUCAAUUUCAUGAUCAUUGAAUUGAGUUCUAUCUUGCUAAUUGUAGGCUACUGUCUGUCAUUUUUGCCUCAAUAUAUUUUAUUAUGUGUAACGUGCACAAUUAUGUGCCAAAUCUUGAUUUACUGUAUUAUUAUAGGGUAAGCAUUAGAAUAAGCCGCCUCAAUAUUUGCAGCCGUAGGUAAUGUCUUUCUAGUAGCUGAUCCUUCGUCAGUAUUGUUGAAUAAUUCUAAUGUUAAGGUAAGAUUUUAAUGGAGAAAGCUGAUCCGAGGACAGUGUUGCCUUUCUUUCAAUCCUAUCAGUAUCGACACAUUCCUCAACAACUCACUUAGCAAAUGUUCUCUCUGCAUGGUGUUUUGGGAAACUAAUGAUAUAUUUUUGGCCGUUGUAGGAAAGAUGCAUAAUUAAAACACUCUUAAGCUUAAAUUCCAUCACUAUCAGGAAACCGGGCCCAGGACUGUUUAUUAAUCAUUACUUAAUAUGGAGCAGUUAUCACCUUUCUGCUUGCUUUAGAUGCCACAAGGAACACCUUGGUGUCAGUCAGUCCCUCUGGUCCAUUGUUAGAGGGAAGCUCUGUGAAUCUGACCUGCAGCAGCCACGCCAACCCAGCAGUGGAGAACUACACCUGGUUUAAGAAGGAUGGAGCAGACACCUCACAGACAGGGUCAGGAGAAGUAUUGAGAUUGACCUCUCUAAUCUCACCUGACAGUGGACAGUACAUCUGUGAGGCCAGGAACAGAGAAGGGCCUCACAACUCUACUGUGGUGCCUCUGACCAUACAGGGUGCCAAUCAUGGUGAUUGUGGAGGGAAAUGUCCUGUUCUCCUGAAUCAAUAUGUUCUAAAUGGGAAUUAGUUUAGCUUGAAUGUAUUUUGUUCAUGUACCCUGUGACUUUUUCAGCUACAAAUACUGUCCAAAUGCUAGUUUACAUUGGUUCCGCGGCCACAGUUUUCAUGGUGAUCAUACUUUUGGUGAGUAGAACACAGCACUCUAAUUCACAAUACCAAUAGCAUGUCAAUGCAAUAGUGUUCUCUGAAGGUUUGAACGCAGUAAGUGUUCAUGGUAUUUGAACAACGUUCAAGCGCAAGCUUCUAUUCCUCCCCAGUAACAAGAUAUUUAGUUUAACUAACAGAUUAAAAUAAGGUGAGUAGUCAAUAUAGCAAACAUUUUGUAUUGUUUUUGACUGAUUCCAUAUUUCAGGAUGAUCAAAACACAGUCUUAUCCAGUAGAAGGACCAGUAACGAGCCAGCAACACAGGAAACUAGAACGGAGGAAAAGGAACAUGCCCUCUAUGCCAAUGUUCAACUGCCUCCCUCUCACACCCACCACCAAGACAGUUCUCUGUACUCUGUGGUCCAGCCACCACCUCCGCAGAACCCUCCAGACCCUCAUUACGCUACCUUUGACUUCCAGCAGUUCCACAGCUCCAUCGACAGAGCCCUAUUCUCCAGACCCCAUGGAGAGGAUGAUGUUAUAUACUCCACGGUGAAAGCCAGACAGGCCAACGUGACAGACAACCUCCAGUACGCCAGCAUCCAGUUCCCCCUUCCCAGUCCUACUGCCAGGUAGGAGUGCACUCACUAUCAGUUCUGUCCUUUUCCAUAUAACCUCUUUCUGGAAGUCAGUUUAUAUGAAAUGUUUAAUAUGCUCAUGCAACAACUCUAUUUGCUUUUUGCAGGCCAGAAGAAAGUUUAGAGGUGGACCAUUCUGUUAUCUACUCCACUGUUGCCAAACCUGAAGCAUGA